AUGAUCAAGGAACCAUACUAUAAUCUGACUUCUUCUGCUUCGUCAAUCAAGCCUUCCAACCCAAAAUCUUACAGCUUUGUCUCGUAUGAUUUGCCCCCUACCCAGCCCUUUCAAUUGCUAGCCGCACCCAGCAUCUCGCUCACUGCCCAAACCACCCCUUCUCGCAGUCGCUCGUAUUCCGUGGAACCGUACUAUGUCAAGAACAAAAAGGUAGGAACUUUACCCCCAGCACUUUCGGGCAUGUACAAGUACACUUUUGCAGAGGAAAGCGAAAGCGGCGAAGACGACGACUUUGCCAUUGUAUCUGAUUCUGAAGACGAGGAGUAUUUCGCUGGUGGCUCCAGUAACGGGUACCACAUACACCCUCCCCCUUCUGAUGUCACGUUGUCGCGCAAGGUGUCUGACAAUUAUACCAGUCGCUUUGAGUUGGACACAGACACAGACGAAAGCGACAAGGAGGUAGAUGCCUACAACCGAUGGAUGACUCCCAUUGAAGCUAGCAGCUCUGCCGGUAUAUAUAAGUGUAGAUCUCGCCCUCCUCAUCUUGACAGCUUGCGUGAUAUCAACGAGACGUUGUUGAUGAAGUCAAACAACCCCAAUGUGUUGACCAACGUCAGAUCAAGAUCACUUUCUGACAAUCUUGAAGCACCUAAGUUGGACCAGAAGGUUUUUGUGUAUAAAGGGUAUGAAGAGACUCCCAUUAAGACUGGUCUUAGGGACGACUAUGAUGCUGUAGGUGGCGGCCAGUAUAUUGUCUAG